AUGGAUCAAAUUCUCAACAGAGGAGGCGUGGCUGCCGGUUAUGAAUCUGACAACGUCGUUCACGGCUCAGGCAGUAGCUGCGAGCGCAAGGGAGGUGUGCCAUGGACUGAGGAUGAACACAGGCUUUUCCUGUUGGGGUUGCAGAAACUAGGGAAAGGAGACUGGAGAGGAAUUUCAAGAAACUUUGUGAUAACACGGACGCCUACCCAGGUGGCUACCCAUGCUCAAAAGUACUAUCUCCAUCGAAACAACCGUUAUCGCUACCGCCGCGGAUCUAGUCUCUUUGACAUCACUGCUGAUUCAUCAUUGGGUUCAUUAAUUGAAGAAGAGCAAGUCCAUCAAGAAACUGCAACUCUACCAACUUUCCCAGAAUCGCUCAGCCCUGCAUUCUUAACGGUCGCCGACGUCAACACGAUGGAGAAUCUCUCAUUAGGAUCAAGCAGCUCAAACCUGAAGAUAUCGCCGAAGCUAAUUCGUCCAGUGCCAAUUAUUCCAGUUCCUCUAUCUUCAAAAAUGGCUGAUCUUAACUUGAACGAGAAGAAUCCCACUAAAGAACACUUACCUCUAUCACUGAAGCUCUCUACUCCUUCAUCAGAAGAGUAGUCACCGACGGCGUCGACAGCGGCAUCAGUGUUGCUUAACAUUAGCUAAUAAUUUAAAAUGAGAAAGAAAGGAAGAUAAAGAAAAGAAUUAAUUAGGAGAAAAUGAGGUUGGUCGAUUAGUAUGAGAUCAUUAGUCUUAGGCGAUUCCUUGUUUGCACAGGUUGAAAAAAUAAAAAGAAGCAAAGAUGGGAAAUCUUUGUGGAGAAGACAUUGGAUUCUUUUUAAUUUGUCUGCAUCCUUUUUGCGGUGAAGUGAUGGAAGCAUGCUCUCUCUGCAUUCAAUUUGAUAUUGUUCUCUA